UUAAAGCUAACUAAUUUCAGGAAAGGUUGUUGCAUUUCAAAUUCAAGAUCUUCUCUUCUAUCGCUUCUUAUUUUGAAUUCCCUUCCUCCAUUUCAAAAUCAAAAAACCCAUUUCAGUUCACAGAUUCCCAGAAAAUGGAUAGAACCAAAUCGUCUUCAAAAUCUCGCCCAUCCACCGCCGAUCUGCUCACCUGGCCAGAGGUUUCCUCGCCGGAAUCCUCCCCCGCUGUCUCUGCCUCCGCUUCUCGCUCCCAUCAGCCGUCCGAUAGAAUCAGCAAAGUGCUCCAAGGGGGGCAGCUCACGGAUGAAGAAGCUGAGAGUUUGUUGAAAAAGAAGAACUGUUCAGGGUAUAAAAUGAAGGAGAUGACCGGGAGUGGAAUUUUUGCAUCUAGUGGGGAAGGGGAAGCAUCAGAAACUGAUAGCAAAACUGGGCUGCGUAUGUAUCAGCAAUCUUUGAAUGGAAUGAGUCAAAUAUCUUUUGCUACUGAGGAGGGGAUGUCUACCAAAAAGCCUACUUCAAUUCCUGAAGUGGCUAAGCAACGUGAGUUGAGUGGGACAUUGCAGAGUGAAGCGGAUGAUAGGAAUAAGAAGCAGAUAUCAGAUGCUAAGAACAAGGAGCUAAGUGGACACGACAUCUUUGGAGCGCCUCUGGAAAUAACACCGCCGUCGUUGGCAGCUGCACGGAGCUUGGAAUUGAAAGAAAGCAAAGACAUGGGUGAACCAGCACCUCGCUCCGUGCGAGCAUCUGUAAGCAAAGACAUGGGUGAACCAGCACCUCGCACUGUGCGAACAUCUGUUAGAGUUUCACAUCCUGCUGGAGGUCAGAGUAACAUUAUGUUUGGGGAAGAACCAGUGAUCAAGACAGCUAAGAAACUCCACAACCAGAAGUUUCAAGAGUUAACUGGUAACGAUAUAUUUAAAGGAGACGCCCCACCGGGUUCGUCGGAGAAAUCGCUGAGCUCAGCCAAGCUUAGGGAGAUGAGCGGCAACGACAUAUUUGCUGAUGGGAAGGCGGAAUCAAGGGACUACUUUGGGGGGGUUCGUAAACCACCCGGUGGCGAAAGCACCAUUGCCUUGAUUUAGUUUUGGUUCCUAACUUGAUUUGAAUUGUUUGACAUUCUUGUCGUGUUGUGUUUCUACUUGAAUUUAUAAUGUUAUUUACUGAUCAAUUGCGCUCAAAGCCUUUUAAUGUUAACUUGGCUAGCUUAAGGUUGCUGGCUGCUGUCUGUUUUGCUUGAAA